AUUUUUUACUUUUUUUUAGUUAUCCUACUGAUUAAGGCAUUAAUUAAUGCUUGCAGCAGAAUGAAGCAAAAGUAUUAUGUGGUGUUUGUGGGAAGGAAUCCUGGGAUCUAUGCAACAUGGGAUGACUGUAAUGCUCAAGUUUACGGUUUAAGUGGAUGCAAACACAAGUCUUUCCCGACUUUCGAAGAUGCUACGAAUGCCUGGAAUCAGUAUCAGGCUUCUUUUCCCGAUCGGACGGCGCGACGAGCAACUGGAAGUGUCGCUGUUCGUGCAUCUCAUCGUCCCUCAACAAUGGACAGUGGCAACUGUGUAGCUGCUCUCACAGAUCGAACCCAAAUCGCCACUAGGAAUGCGCAGGAAGCUGCCAACACCGAGAGGGUGACCGUUGCUGAUGUUGGAGACGAUCAAUGCAUGACUCUGCUGUUUCGUUUGUUGCUUGGAUUGUUGAUUUUUUAUGCCGGUAUAAGGUUUUUCUUUCGGAUUUAGUUACAGUGAAUGGCUGAGGUGAAUUCUACAGCUAUAGUUUUUAGUUGUCUUUUUGUAAACAUCAUGAUUGGGUCCUCUGACUGUAUUAUGGACUGUAUUCUAGAUAAGUUCAACUCGGGUUGGAUAAACCGAUCAGAAAUUAACAGAUGAAGUUUUUGAACUAUUUUGGUAUUUUUUUUCUUUUUUUGAACUGGGUCCUCUAGAAGAAGCUGUCAUUUGUUUUGUUUUAAAGUCACAGGUAACUUUGUCAUAUUAUUUUGUCUCAUCAUCUCCCUCUGGGAUAUAGUACGACGCAAUGGUGGGCCACAUCAUGGUCGGUCAGCUAUUUCAAAACCAAUGGACGGUCUGGAUGAGCUCCGACCUCAUCGUGGGGUCUACGGUUGGGCAAUCAGACCAACCUUUUCCUAUAGUUAACUGUUUUCUCCCUUUUCGGACAGACAUUUCUCCCAGCAUGU